GGGAGCAUGGCCGCCCUGGCUCGGCUUCAGGAGAAGCUGGAGGUACUCCGGGAGGAGUAUUUCCUUGCGAACAGAGCUAUAGACGAAGACCGAAAAACAAAGCACAAAGCUGCUGUCAAGAUCCAGCGCUGGUUUCGAGCAUGCAGAGUCAGAGCCUAUCUGAGACAUCUGAGCGAAAUGGCGAUUUUGAUACAGAAGUGGUGGAGAGGUUAUCUAAGAAGAAAAAACUUCAGAGAAAUAGUGGAGAGAGCAUAUUUUAUUAAGAAGCUGAAAUUCUACAAUGAAAUGGCUGUCAGGAUCCAGAGAGUGUGGCGAGGCUAUUACGUUCGGAAGUAUAUCCACAAUUUUUAUGCACUGAAGAAAUACCUGAAAGCCGUUUCUCUGAAUAACGAGCUUGUCAGGAGUGAACUUCAAGAGUAUGCAGAAGUGAAGGAAAAUGAAGAGAAAAUGAAGGACCUAGAAAAGAAAGAAAAGAGAAAGAAACACCAAGUCCGAAAGAUGCAUUACCUCCUUAGCACUGAGCAGAUUCCAGGCAUCUACAAUUCACCGUUCAGGAAAUCCCCAGAUCCAAUGGAAGUGCUGCUCCGGCAGUCAAAGCCGCUGACCCACAGAAAGCAGCAAGUGAAGAUUCCCUUUGCCGAUGAGCUCUACGGCUGGCCAACUUGUAAAGAGCCUCCAGCUUUCGUCACAGCACUGCCUCUGCUACCUGCUGACAGACAGAAACCUCAGGGGCCUUUCCGCGAUCCCGCCGAAGUGUUGCAGCAGCGCUACAAGCCUUUGGAACCAACCCUGCGAGUGGGGGAAUCAACGUACUCACCACCAGCCAAGGCCAAAGAGGCAACAAUAAGGGAGCAAUGGAGAAGUACCAUACACGACAAUGAAUUCCUGCCAUUUUCUUCAUAUCAUAAAAAUUAUGAGAAGUAUGAGCCAUCGCUUUGGAAGUCAGGCAAAUAUGGCCAAGAGGCUUAUGGAACUAAAUAUUUCAGAGAAGUAUAUCCUAAGAAGUGGAUAGCAGACAAAGACUUUGAAACACUGUUUUCAUCGAUUGCUGUCUUUGAAAAGUUUGGAAAAACUUACUCCAGCACUGGGCAAAUAGUGUAAUUGUCCUGGAAGCUACACACCAUAAGACACAUAAGAAGUAGUCAUUAAAUGUAUUUCAGCAAAUAC